AUGGGAUUGCGCUAUACUACGUGCCUCGACCCCAAUGACAUGGGCAGCGAGUUGAAUGAAAACCUAAUCUACAAAACUUCCAAAUUAUCUGCCCUUCAGUCUUACUAUGAGUACAGCUAUUCGGAUGAAGACGGCGAGGACGGAGACAUUGAUGGUGACGGUGAUGGCGAUGGCGACGAGGAUGAUGAUGAAGUUAGUAAUACCAAUUCCAAUGGCAGCCGCUAUUCUUCAUUUCGUAUCUCCCGUCUGAAUCCAUUCUUCCGUAUGCAUCAGAAGUACAAUGAUAACGGCCGAGCAAUUACCUACGCCUGCUCACAUUGUCUAACUCAUGUCUCAGCCUCCAACUUGAUCAUUUCCGAUAGAUAUCAUGGAGCUACAGGUGAUGCUUUGUUGAUCUAUGACGCAGUAAAUAUUCAGUUGGGACCGUCACAAAUGAGACGGAUGACCACAGGAGUCUAUACAGUGUGCGAGUUACUAUGUAGACAAUGUGGAAAGUACUUGGGCUGGAAGUAUAUUAAGAGUAGUGACCCUACUCAGAAGUUUAAGGAGGGAAGGUACAUAUUGGAGGUUGAUUUGGUCAAGGAGGUCAAGUCAUAA